AUGUAUAAAAUUUUAAAAGAAGAAGAAAUAGUUGUUCCUGAAGUACCAGUUGAAAAAAAAAAGCAAAGAAGAAAAAGAGUUGCGUGCAAGGAUCCACCUAACUCACAACAUAUACCCGACUCUGUACCAUAUUUGCUAAUAGGGGGAGGUACUGCUGCUUUUUCAGCUUUUAGGUCUAUUAAAUCGAUGGACCCAACUGCUAAAGUUUUGGUCGUUUCUGAGGAAUAUGAAUUUCCUUAUAUGAGACCUCCUUUGUCAAAGGAAAUGUGGUUUAAUAGUGACCCAAAAGAUAUGGAAAAUUUAAUGUUUAAACAGUGGAAUGGAACUGUAAGAAGGUUUGUACCCCGACAUUUUUAUAAGGAUGUAAAAGACCUACUUAAGAAUGCCAAAGGCGGUGUAACUGUAUUGAGAGGAUGGUCUGUAACUAAAAUAGAUCCGUAUAAAAAAAAAGCCUACCUGGACGAUGGAUUUCCCAUAAAAUAUGAAAAAUGUUUAAUUGCCACAGGAUCGACUCCGAAAACUUUAAAAGUGUUUCAAAGAUCUCCUCCGGAAGUAAGAGAAAUGGUUCAAACUUACAGAGAUAUUUUCGAUUUUGAAGAUUUACGUGAUGUCAUUGACGAAAAUGACUCUGUAGCUAUAAUAGGAGGUGGAUUUUUGGGGAGUGAACUUGCUUGCGCUUUGGCCAGAUAUGGGAAAAAAAAAAAUUUGAAAGUUUAUCAAAUUUUCAAAGAAACAGGAAAUAUGGGGAAAAUAUUGCCUGAAUAUUUAAGUUUAUGGACGACGAAAAAAGUUGAAGCGGAAGGUGUCACGGUGUUACCAAAUAGUCAAGUUGUUGAUGCAUUUGUCGGGGAAAAAAAAUUAAAUUUGAUACUUAAUGGAGGCGAAAGAAUAAUUGUCGAUCAUUGUGUAACCGCGAUCGGUGCCACGCCAAAUACAUCCUUAGCUAAACCAUCGGGAUUAGAAACACAUGGCGAAUUAGGAGGAUAUUUAGUAAAUGCAGAAUUAGCAGCUCGAUCGAAUUUAUAUAUAGCUGGAGACGCAGCAUGUUUUUACGACAUAAAACUUGGUCGUAGAAGAAUUGAACAUCACGAUCAUGCAGUUGUCUCCGGAAGGUUGGCAGGAGAGAAUAUGGUCGGUGCAGCCAAACCUUAUUGGCAUCAAAGUAUGUUUUGGUCAGAUUUAGGACCUGAAGUAGGGUAUGAAGCAAUCGGUAUCGUUGAUGCUACGUUACCUACCGUUGGAGUUUUUGCUAAGAAAACUGAUAAAGACACUCCUGAAGCUGUUGUAACAGCCACGGGUGACAACAUACGCUCGCGUACCGAAGAGGAUGCUGCACCGGUUCCUCCGGCUAAAGGUUCCCCUAAACCUCCUCAACCUGGAGAGGAUUAUGGGAAAGGAAUCAUUUUUUAUCUUAGAGACGAUACCGUAGUAGGCAUUGUAAUGUGGAACGUUUUUAAUAGAAUGCAGAUAGCCAGACAGGUUUUAAAAGAUGAAAGAAAAUACGAAAACCUAAACGAAGUCGCUAAAUUAUUUAAUAUACACGAGGAGUAA